AAGCAGGUUUCCCAUAAGCGUGGCUUCAGACUCCGCCCGGUGACCGAUGGAUCUCCAUCUCUUCACGUGAACAUCAGUGAAACUCCAGAGUAAGGAGGGACAUUGGUCUGACCUUGGAAAGCCCAUGACGACGAACCUGGAAACCAUCAGUGCAGGGUCCAAAGACUGACACGUGAUCCGCGGGGUACGUGGACAAACAUCACGUGAUGUCCAACAAAGAAGGUAUUCGUUGAGUCAUUUGACGACACUCUCUCAUCCAACCAAGGGCACCCAGGGGAACUGCGACGCUUGUACACUUCUAUAACAUCGAAUAAGGAAUUUCUCGCUUCAUCUCCAAAGGCAUGGCUUCGACACCUGAAUUUGAUCUCAACAUGGAAAGGUCGCCACAGUGGGAAGACGUCAGGAAGGAAAUCCACGAAGCCAUUGCGGAGGAAGACGAGGCUCGUGUUCUAAAGUGCCUGGAUGCUGCACCUGAUUUGAAACUGUGGUUGGACCCCGUUAAAGAAAAGUCAGCUCGUUACAGAGCUGUUAAAAAGAAGUCCAUCCGUAUACAUGGCCUCUUAGUCUCGCGUGGAUGUGGACUCAAGAACGAUAAAGAAGCAUCGUAUUAUCGAUAUCUGACAGGCGUUCAUCGAGCUGAAAUUCGACGGCAACGAUACUACACCAAAGAAUGCAAAGAAUCCUACAUCUAUUACUUGAAAAGCAAAUCAAGGAGCCACGUCGGAUGUGAUGACGUCGAGGGGCGAUUGGAGAAGAUGUUCAGGGAACUUUCAACCGACCAAUUAAACGAGGAAAUAUUGAAAGUUGUUGCCACAGCACCGCAUCUGGAUAUACUAUUCGACUACAACAGUGAAAACGUUCAGGGGAUCACGGGAUGCAGCGACAGCGGCGUCCUCGGACUUGCUGAUUACGAAAAGCAAAGAAUUUCUAUCGGAGGCGGAGCAACGGAAGCCGAAGUCCGGGGCACGUUUAUUCACGAAUCCUGUCAUUUGGCACUCCAUCUGGUGUAUAGAAAUGAUGGCAAGCCAUAUUCCCGCGAAGAUACAGAAAAGGAACAGAGAUACAGAGCCAUUCUGGAUGACAUGAAACGAAGAAAAGACGAUGUGGAUGUCUUGAUCCGACCAGCUUUUAUGAAAAAUGAAGAACAAGAAGCGAUUGUUCGUAUCCCACACAUACUAACUCAAUAUGGCAGCGAUCACGGAAAUAGGGUUCUCGAAAAGGAAGUACCGGAACUACGAAAGUUCUUCGAGAAUACUGUCAUCCCGGACAUGCAGAAAUACAUUCAAAAUGGAAUCCCGUCGAUAGAUGCGACAAUGAUAGAAAAGGUAAACGAGAGACUCAACAAAGCUUUCAACAUUGGCAAACUGAAGGUCAAUUUCGAGAACCAACCGAAGAACAGUGUCUGGGAAAACGGGUUGCUUCACGUAGUUACGGGCCCAGAACUGAGGCUUCUCGAAAUAAUGGUUCACAACGCUGUGCGAUCUACGGGACUGCCGUACAUGUUUUUCGAUGCAAAACAGCUAGACUCCACACUGAAGGAUGUGUUACUAGACUACAAAUAUGCGUUUGUUCUUGUAACGGUCCAUCCAAAGGAAGACGUCCAAAAGAUGAUUCAGCUUUUCAGUGAAGUAUCCUGUGUCACUGGAUCAAAAGUCAUCUUGCUCGUGGAAGACAGUGAGAAAGAAAUCUUGAAGAAAAAAGUGCAACAAGAUGCAUUCUUUGCGAAGAGACACAAAGUUCACAGGAUCGACGAAGCAACCUUUGCGCAUGUCACGGAUAGCUGCAAAAAAUUGAUUUUCGAAAAUUCCCGAGUAAAACUUCAGGGCCAAGACGUUUCUAAGCUUUCCGACGCAACGACUAUAGAUACCUUCUUACGCUGCGUAGACACUGCGGUUUUCCUAAAGCUAUGUGAGUCGGGGAACAUUGACCUGGGACCUCCUCUUCAUGAACUAGAAGAACGUGUUGAGAACUAUUACGUGAAAAGAGAGUGUAGAAGAGCCCUGGAAAUUAACUUGAAAGAAUGCAAUCUAGGUGACGACAAUGAGGCUUUCGCACUUCUGGGCUGUCCGCACAAUCAGGUCGCAACACUUCUACCUCCCGGUUGUGAGGCAAAGGCCAAGAAGGAUUUAAAGAAUUUCGAGAAAUUCGUACUCCUCCAAGAGCCACGUGACUACGAAGCUCUCCUGGAAAAUGUUCAUUUCGGGAACAAAGUAGUGCACCUGCUAAAGUUCGACGAACCUCGUAAGAGAGUCUUGUGGACCAAAUCAAAUGGUCGUCUCAGUCACCUUCCAUUGACGGGAAGUGAGAGAUACACCGAGGACGCGUUGUUGAAACUGAAUGAGAAGGUUGUGUUGUUGAACGUAGAGGACAAGGUUCUCAUUGUGUCUGGUGCACCAGGUAUGGGAAAGAGUACUCUAGCAAAGCGCUUGUGCACAGAAGUAAAAAAUCGAGAUACGAAGCGGUGGGUGAUGUACGUCGACCUUCUUCAGAGAAUGGCAUCUGUUAAAACAGCGUUGGCGAGUCAAGCGGAUAUGUACAAGUAUCUAGCGGAUCUGUGUCAAGUACAAAAAGAUGGUCUGGAGUUCGCUUUGUUCGAGAAAAGUUUGAACGUCGGAAGCCCUUUCGAGAUUGUCUUCAUCUUGGAUGCCUUCGAUGAACUGAACGAGAGAUGCCGCAAGUGUGUCUUGGAGCUUACAUCGUUUAUAUCUCAAAAGAAAUCUCACAAGAUAUAUAUGUUUACUCGUACUGUAUUUAAGCCCCAUGCACAAGAUGCUCUGCACACGGUGUCAUAUGAACUCCUUCCUUUUUCAGACGAAAAUCAGGCGGAGUUCAUUAGAAAAUAUAAGAAAACAGCUCAUGCAACCAAUGAAAACGCUGGGGCUUCUGAGCUGUUCCAGCGACUGCACAUGUCCUUGAAGAAGACAAACGAGACAAUCCUAGAAACCCCUCUCCUGCUUCGUAUGAUCCUUGAAAUGAAGAAUGGGGAAAUUGCAGAGUCUGACGAUUACUCUUCGUUACUUGAACGUGCAAACAUAUCAGCCGAUAAGAACUUAUACAUUGUACACGUGUACAAGUUGUUUGUGUGGUACAAGCACCUUGUAUUCAGAAUUGAAAAAAGAAAAGAAAAUCUCCGCCUACACGCCGUACAAGAGGAGAAUGACUCCGCAGCGCUUCAGUUUUACGAAAACCAUAAACUCCUCGCUAUGAAGUGUAUAUUCCCUGAGGAAACCUUGAAAUACUUAUUGAACAAAGACGAAUUAGAGAAUUUAGAGCCCGAAGGACGUUUAAUGAAGGACGCAGCUAAUAAUUGUCUCAAAGAAGGAUUUCUGAAUGGUCUGAACAACGGAAUUCCAGAGUUCGUUCAUAAGACAUUCGCUGAAUUCUUUGCAGCCGAUUACUUACUGAAAAAAGCGAAAGUAACAGAAAAUUUAGACCUGAGGGAUGUCAUUGUCAAUCUGUACCGUGAAGAAGAAUACAGCGGUGUAAUGAUGUUGUUCGACGCACUGGCAUCGGAGUCCUUUCCCCUUCACUCUGCUGUGAUGAACAAUGACGCUUCAUAUUUUGAGCAGCUCGAUAUCCAAAGAGAGGAUAUGUUGAAAGUCGAUGAGCUCGAAAGGACGCCACUGCACUUAGGAGCCCUGCAUUCUGAUCAAGCAACAUUGAAGAAGCUUCCGAUGGAUGAUGAGCUAAUCACGAAGGAUUUGUUUCAACUGUCACCGUUUGGGUACGCAGAGCUGCGGUCUCCAUGGGACGCAAAAUACGCUGGAGAAUGGAUGGAAUGCUUGCGGACUGAGACUUCGGCUGCGGGAGACAGACUUAACGUGUUAUGCGCUCGAUGCAGUGAGGAAGCAGUGAAACGUUCUACCAAAAAUCUACGCACGUGUGAAACCUUCGAGGAAAAGAGACAUUUUCUUGAACGAGCAAUAUUCACGGCUGUGAGACACGACCUACGAGGCGUUUUAGACGUGUAUCUGAGCUAUGUGUCCCAGAAAGAGAGUACCGUAAUCUUAGACAGAGGCACCAUGGACCAAUUAGGAUCACGCAACGAACGAAGCUUGAGAUGUUCUGCAGAGUCUUCGGUAAUUGGAAACCUUGAUAGUUUUACAGACAGUAGCAAUAGAACUGUCCUUUUUUACGCAAAGUCCGAGACUGUUUGUAAAAUGCUCCUUCCUUACUGCGGUACGGGAAUUGUUGAUAAGGAUGGAAACACAAUGUUGCACAUUAGUGCGAAUGAAGGAAAUCUGGAGACAACACAGUUUUACCUCGCACAUUUAUCCGUUAACAACAGAAAUGGACGCUUUCAAACUCCUUUGCACUUGACUAGAGAUGCAGAGAUUGUGAAGCUACUUCUUCCUCUUUAUCCCUCAGUGAAUGUUCUCGAUUAUCAUGAAGAAACUCCGAUAGAUAUAUGUGCAAAGAGAGAUGAUUUGGAGGCAAUGAAGUUGUUACUCCUUCGCACUCGGACAUAUGACGAACAUCACAUCAGGCUGAACACAACGAUUCAUGAGGCUUCUGACUCUCAAUCCCUUAAAGCUGUGACGUUUCUUCUACCCCACACAAAUGCGCACGUGCUUAACUGCAAAGGAGAAACGUGCUUAGACGUUGCUAGGACAAGUUCGAAAUAUCUGUCGAGUUCGGAGUCCAACGUUGCCAGGUGUCUCGUCCCACACUUGCUCGUAAACUCACCUGAAACGUUCGGCUCAUCACCGUUGUACGUCUGGGCGAGACGUGGUAGAAGGAAAAGGAUGCAAACUCUAUGGCCUUAUUUGCGACACAGUGACCCUAGGCAUGCACAGAGGAUCAGCAGAAGCUCUGUGUUUGAGCGGAUGGACUGGGAUUUCCAAGAAGAAAUUUCGUGUCUGAAACUUCUCUUCCUCCACUUAGAUGACAUCGCUGGUGAUCCUUAUAGCCGUAAACUCCUACAUGAUAUGGCCAAGAGAAAGCUUUUUUGGAUACAAAAAGUAAAUUAUAUUAAUUACAUGAAGCUGUUACUGCCGCAUUUAAAUCUCACUGAGCAGGAUUAUGUAAAAUAUAGCGCACGAAAUGACGACAUUGUUACCUUAUAUCGGAGAUGGUCGGACAUGAAUAACACCGAUGAUCCCCACGUUCACGAUGUCAACGCGGAAAUGGUCGGCGACGAUGGCAAUACAAAGUUGCUGAUAGAAGCAGAGGAAGGUAAUGUGGAAGCUGUGGAACUUCACCUCUCCCCUUCAUCCGUGUGCUUUACAGAUGAAAAAGAGAACACUGCAUUGCACUUGAGCGCGUCGAACGGACACACAAAUGUGGUGAAGCUUCUCAUUCCUUUUUAUACAUCAGUGGAAGUGAUCAAUGUGGAUCGAGAGACACCAAUGCAUGCGUGCGCCUAUAAAGGACACAUGGACGUUGUGAAGUUAUUAUUACUCCGCUCUAGAAUGAGUUUCCGUGACGAGGAUGGACGGACACCUCUUCACUUCGCCUGUUACAGUGGUGCCGUUGAUAUCGUGAACUUCCUUCUUCCCCACUCAUUUCCUAAUAUGCGUCACGGGUUGGGUUCCACGUGCUGCGCUGUUUCCGCUGGAAGUGGCAACAUGAAUCUUCUGAGAUGCCUCAUCCCUCACUCUCUUAUAAGCUGUCCAGAUAAAUACGGCGAAUCACCAACACGAAAGUGUGCAAGAUAUUAUAUAAGAGAAGAACUGGUGACAUUAUUGCCAUAUUCUUGUGAUUAUGAUGCUGCGAGUUUAUUGACGCCUCCCGUGUCGUCAUUUUAUGAGGUCGAUAUAAUUUUGGAAAGUACGCCUUGUCUGAAACUGAUGGUACUCCACUCAGAUGUCAACGCAGUAGAUAAGUGGUUCUGUGCAACACUCAGCCGCAUUCGAAAGUAUUAUGUAGAGAGUGAUUCAUUCCUGCGUCCAACAAAGACUGAGAUAUCACUACUCCUGAAAUAUGUUCCUCUCUUGCUUCCUCAUACAAAUGUUUCUGCUAAGGACGAUGAAUGCAACGAACUAUUACAAGGAGCCCUCCAAAGUAGCCAAGAUCCCAAAUUGGUUAGCUUCUGUCAGAAAUGCACUCGCAUGAGUGACUUUCAUUCAUGA